AGGUCUGUUUCUCUCAUCAGCUACAGUAAGACACACAAACCUCGCCCUGGCUCAAAAUCCACAUGCUUAUUUGCUCGUGAAAUAGAUCUAGUCCAGUUGAUGGAAACCAGACCAACACAUACUGCAGGCCCUAUGGCUAUUAAUAGAGCUUUUUUCUGGAAAUGUGUGAUGUGUUUAUAAUGAAGUGCUGGAAUUUACCGACAUGCUGACGGACACGCUGCGCCCAGAUACGGCACCCAUGCCACGACCCGGAGGGCAGUGGCCGCUAAGAGAUGGCCACGGCGUACAGCCAUUAUCAUAGUACAUUAUACUAACGGGAAGCAAGGAAGUACAAAUCAACAGAGGAAGUUGGUGAAAAACAGGGUGUAAUGUUCUGGUGGUGUGUGUGUGUGUUCUGUACAUCGGUGUUCUGUGUUUUCACUGAGGCAGCAAAACCAACUGAUCCUGGGAGUGAUGGGAGUGGACGUGUCUCUGAACGACAUCAAGAGACUCACACCUCGCUUCACUAUCAGCCCUAAUGGAUACUACUUUGCCAUCGAUCCCAACGGAUACGUGCUGCUGCAUCCCAACCUGCAGCCUAAGAAAAGGAUCCGUAAUCGUCACAUAAGGCUAAAUAACAAAUAUGCCAUUACCUUCCAUGAGGAGCCGGUCACCUUGGACUUUCUUGAUGCCGAGCUAGAAAAUGCCAAUAAAGUGGAGAUAAGGAAACAGAUGAUUGAUGGGGAGACAGGAGCAAUGACCAUAGACACACUGGUGAAGUCAUAUGAUGAGAGGUACAUCGACAGAGGCGGCAGGACAUACACUUGGGCACCAGUAAACGGCACUGACUACAGCUUGGCCCUUGUCUUGCCUGAGUACGGUCGGCAUUACCUUCGAGCUAAUCUGGGAGACACUAUCCAGCAGGCCAAAUCAAUCUUGGGCAAGUAUUGCCAAAUCUGUACAACCUUUUCCAUCAGUUUCCAAUUUUUCUCUCGCUCUGUGUAUAUUCUGUUCAUCAACAUCUUUCUUUUACUUACUCUCUCCCUCAUCUUCAUUAUGUUCCAACCCUGUCAUUUUCCUUUCUUUUUUUUUAUUAUUUGGUGCUUGCAUGUGAAUCUUCACUAACGCAGGAGCUGUUAUGACAUCUUGUUUUGAUCUUGUCUGCAUGAGCUUGUGAUGAUGAGUACGCCCAGUGUAAUUCAGGCUUGCUCAUUACUGCGCUGCGCUGGCACCAGCACUUUUAUUGCCACACCU